AUGGUGUGUCCCCAGACACACCACAGAACAGAGUUUCACAGUGUUGAGGUCCCUGAAACCAUCACUCUCACAGAUUGCUGUGAGGGAUAUGAGCAAGUUGGACUCUACUGCUCUCUAGCACUCAAUAGAUCCAGUGUAUUUGCCUCAAGACCUGGUAUUUGUCCAGUGAAGGAUAUGGAAACAUUUGAUUAUCCUUGCACGUUCGAUACUGAAUGUCCAGGGCUGAAAAAAUGCUGCAGCUCAUCCAAAGGAGCAGCCUGUGUGGAUCCCAUGCCAGAGGGGAGGAUGUUCUGGUACAACGUGACGGUGCUUGUGAAAAUGGAUUUUAGUGAAUUGAUCCGGGUGGAUUCCCACUUUCUGAAUCAUUCCCGCCUCUUGCACUCCAUGAUCACUGAUGCAUUACAGCCCCUGAAUGCCUCUGUGCACCACAUCCAGAGUAACCACGGGGACAUCUACGCUGGGACAGUGGCCUCCCAGCUUCUCCUGGGCAUGCAGCAUCCAGCUCCUCUGGCAGAGGUCUCCUCCUCCCUGAAGGCUAUGGUGAAGCGUGUGUAUGAAGUGAUUGACAUGCAAGUGCAAGAUGUCAAUGAAUGCUCCUAUGCUGAAUUCAAUGCUUGCCCUGAGAAAAGCAGCUGUGUGAACCUGGAGGGUUAUUACAGCUGCCACCCCCAGCCCGGACAUGCCACUGUUGUCCCUCCCUGGCUGAGCCCAGGCAAGGAAGGCAUUGUAGCAUCUACUCCAAGUUCAGUAAAUGCUGUUAACACUGGCAGUAGCUCUCCUUCUCUAAGGAAAUCAAGUCUCUUGUCCAUAACCAACCAAUCUACAGAUGCUGAGUGCUAUCCCUCUGCAGUUACAAACCAUCGGAUCCUCAGGGUUACCAGCAACAGCUUUGAAAUGUCCUGGCUUGUCAGUUCCACUCUGAACCACACUUUCCAUGUCCGGGUGGCCAAGGGCAAUGAAACUGUGCAAAGCCUGAGGACCGAGGAAAUGCAGGUGGAUGUGUCUCACCUGGAAGCAGGUGUGUUGUAUUCAGUAGAGAUCAGCUAUGAAACUUGUGGAAAAACCGUUAUCUCCCGUCAAAAUGUUAAAACAGAGGCCAAGCUAUUUGAUGUUACUAUGAGGAUCCUCAACUACAACUUCACUGAUGAUUUCCAUAAUUCCAGCAGCUCAGCAUAUGAGGAAUUUUCAAGGCUGUUGCUUACAGAGCUUGAAAAUUCAUUCCCACCCAACAUUUCUGCCUUGUACAAAUCUGGGAAGCUGAAAGUGCAGAUUGAAUCCCUGGCAGCAGGAAGCAUCAUUGUGAGGCUCAGAAUCACCGUGCAGGAUCCCGAGUUUCCAGUGGAUGCCUCCACAUUUGCCCCAGUGCUCUCCUACCUGCACAAUGGCUCUGUGCUAGAGGUGGAUCAGCAAAACACUGCAGUAGAAGACUGGGAUGAAUGUGCUUCCCAAGCUGAGAAUGACUGCUCUGUGUUUGCAGAGUGCAUCAAUUUGAUGGGCUCCUACACAUGCAGGUGCAAGACAACCAUGGAUACCAAUCCAUCCCGACCUGGAAGAAACUGUGAGGGUGAGAUUGUGGAUCCUCUCACCAAAACCGUGGCUCCUGAAAUAAGAACCAGCACGGACUUGGCUCCUGAAGAAGGCAGAAGCCCUGCAGCCUUCCAGAAACUUAGUGGCACAGUUCGGAUAACAAACAUGGAAUACUCUCCAGGCUUUAGCAAUAACAGCAGUGAGGAAAAUCAAACCUUUGCACAGCUCUUUGUUGCUGAAGUGCAGAAAUCUCUGCCCCUUGAGGUGCUCCAGCAGAUGGAUGCUGGUCUGAUUAAAGUGCUGGUAACGGGGGUUACUAAUGGGAGCACAGAGGUAAGUUUCAAUUUGCUGCUUGCAGAAGAAGUGGAUGUCCCCCAUGUCAUCACCAUUUUUUCUGAGGCCUUGGAACACAGCUCCUACUUCACCAUGGACAGGAACAGCCUCUCCAUACACGCACUUCCCUUCAGCCAGAAGGCAACAGUGACAGAUAAGAAACCUGUGAACAGCACAAUUUUACCUGUGACAUCUCUGCAAACUUCAGCUCAUGUCUCCUCCCCUGCUUUGCUGGACUUCUCUCCUGCUGAGCACAAAGCUCUGGAGGACACCAUGUUCUCCAGCACAGUGCUGAGUCCUCUCACCAUGGAUCCCAUGGCAACUCCUGAUGUUUCUCCUCAAGCACCUCCAGCCCCCCUGGUCAAACCCACCCAAGAGGUUUCCAUUAAAGAUGCUGUGAGCGUGUUUUGUGAGAUUGAGAGGAUCGUCCUUGCCAUCCAGAAGAGGUUCUUGCAGCAGGAGUCUAUCCCAGAGAGCUCCCUGUUCCUGGGGGAGCCUGGGUGCAAUGUGAGCACCAGCAAUGGCACCCACGUCGUGCUGCAGGCGGGCUGGAGCGACUGUGGCACCCAGGUUGAGACCAACAUGACUACUACUGUGGUGAGAACCACCCUUCGGAAUGAUGUUUCUGCUCAGGGAAUAAUCCACCACUUGAACAUUGCCAGUCCCAUCCACUGUGUGUUUCAAAAUGAUGUCUUGACUUCCUCUGGGUACACUGCAGAAGGACUUUACACCAUCUUUGAAGAUUUGCACGGAUCUGGAUACUUCAGAACAGAAAUGCAGUUGUUCAUUGGCAACUCCCCAGUCCCCAGAAAUUUCAGAGUCUCUGCCAGUGAGGAUGUGCUGAUCGAGGUGGGGAUGCAGAGGGCAGACAGCCAGCUCAAGGUGGUUCUCACUGACUGCUGGGCCACCCCAACAAAUAAUUCAGUGGAUUCCCUGCCAUUUGUUUUUAUCAGCAACAGCUGCCCCAUCCCAAAUACCUACACCAUGCUGCUGGAAAAUGGGAAUUCAAGCAAAGCUCAGUUUAAGAUGAAAAUUUUCUCCUUUGUCAACAACUCUGUGGUUUACUUACACUGCAGAAUUCGUAUUUGUAUGGAGGCACCAGGAAGCACCUGCAGGACUAGGUGCCAUGCAAGGGCUCGGCUCCUGAAGGCUGGAGAAACCAUCUCCCUGCACAGAACAUCCUGGGGACCCCUGUGGAAAUCAGCUGCAUCUGGUUCCAAGAGAGAGAAGGAGGCUGGAAUGGGAAUUGGAUCCAUCAUCCUCACAGCCCUUGCUGUGUUUGGUUGUGUGCUGGGAGUUGUGACCCUUCUCAUUCUCCUGUACCAGCGAAGGACAGGAAGAUGCAACCUCAGGAUCAAGUCUGACAACUUCAGCUACCAAGUGUUCUAUGAUUAG